AUGGCCUCCAAGACGUACACCCUCGCCGACGGCACCAAGAUCCCCGCGCUCGGCUUCGGCACCUUUGCCAACGAGGGCGCCAAGGGCCAGACCUACGCCGCCGUCACCAAGGCCCUCGAGGUCGGCUACCGCCACCUCGACUGCGCCUGGUUCUACCAGAACGAGGGCGAGGUCGGCGACGCCCUGCGCGACUUCCUCGCCGCCCGCCCGGACGUCAAGCGCGCCGACAUCUUCAUCUGCACAAAGGUCUGGAACCACCUGCACGAGCCCGAGGACGUCGCCUGGAGCGCGCGGGACUCCCUCCGCAGCCUCGGCGUCGACUACGUCGACCUGUACCUCAUGCACUGGCCCAUCGCCUCGGAGCGCAACGACGACUACUCGGUCAAGCUCGGCCCCGACGGCCGCUACGUCAUCAAGGAGGACCUCACGGCCGACCUGCAGCCCACGUGGCGCGCCAUGGAGAAGCUCGUCGACGAGGGGCUCGUCCGGUCGCUCGGCGUGUCCAACUUCACGGCCGCGCACCUCACGGCGCUUCUCGGCUACGCGCGCGUCAAGCCCGUCGUCAACCAGGUCGAGAUCCACCCGUACCUGCCCAACGCCGCGCUCGUCGACUUCUGCCUGCGCCACGGCGUCAUGCCCGUCGCCUACUCGCCCCUCGGCUCGCAGGACCAGGUGCCCACCACGGGCAUGCGCGUGCGCGACGACCCGGGCCUCAACGCCGUCGCCGACCGGACCGGCCACACCCUCGCGCAGGUCCUGCUCGCCUGGGGCCUGCGCCGCGGCUACGUCGUGCUGCCCAAGAGCUCGACCCCGUCGCGCAUCGAGAGCAACUUCCAGGUGCCCGAGCUGGCGGAGGAGGACUUUGCCGCCAUCGAGGAGGUCGCGCGCGGCAAGCACUUCCGGUUCGUCAACAUGAAGGACACCUUUGGGCACGACGUGUGGGCCGACGAGGCGUAA